UCUUCCAGGCGCUUACAGUGGCCUGUGGGUGGCGCAUGCGCAGAGAACCUCUGCCUCUUGUGACCUCUGCCCUGCCCUACUAAGUGGGAGCCUUGAGGAAGAGGGAAUGGCUCCUGUGCUGACAGCCAGGCCUGGACAGGAAUCAGUGACAUUCAAGGAUGUGGCUGUGGAAUUCACCUGGGAGGAGUGGGUACAAUUGAACCCAUCUCAGAAAAAGUUAUACAGGGAUGUGAUGCUGGAGAACUAUGGGAAUUUGGUUUCUUUGGGAUUUGCAGUUUGUAAACCAGAUGUGAUCUACCAGUUGGAAAGAAAGGAAGCAUCUUGGAUGCCAGGGGCAGAUAUUCCAAGAAGGAGCUGUACAGAGAGCAAACAACUUAAUGGAAAGAAACCUUAUGUGUGUAGUGAAUGUGGAAAAGCCUUCAGAAGGAGGGCUCAUCUUACUGUGCAUCAGAGAAUUCAUACUGGAGACAUUCUUUUUGAAUGUAAGGAGUGUGGUAAGGCUUUCCACUACAAUUCAGCACUUAUUCUACAUCAAAGAAUUCAUACUGGAGAGAAACCUUAUGAAUGUACUGAAUGUGAGAAGGCUUUCAGGAGUAAGACACAACUUACUGUGCAUCAGAGAAUUCAUACUGGAGAGAUUCUUUAUGAAUGUAAGGAGUGUGGGAAGGCUUUUCACUACAACUCAGAACUUAUUCGACAUCAAAGAAUUCAUACUGGAGAGAAACCUUAUGAAUGUAUUGUCUGUGGGAAGGCCUUCAGGAGGAAGCCACAUCUUACUGUGCAUCAGAGAAUUCAUACUGGGGAGAAACCUUAUGAAUGUAGUGAAUGUGGGAAGGCCUUCAAGAGGAAGGCACAACUUACUGUGCAUCAAAAAAUUCAUACUGGAGAGAUGCUUUUUGAAUGUAAGGAGUGUGGGAAGGCUUUCCACUACAACUCAGCACUUAUUCUACAUCAAAGAAUUCAUACUGGAGAGAAACCUUAUGAAUGUACUGUAUGUGGGAAGGCCUUCAGGAUGAAGGCACGUCUUACUGUGCAUCAGAGAAUUCAUACUGGAGAGAUUCUUUAUGAAUGUAAGGAGUGUGGGAAGGCUUUCCACUACAACUCAGAACUUAUUCCACAUCAAAGAAUUCACACAGGAGAGAAACCUUUUGAAUGUAUUGUGUGUGGAAAGGCCUUCCGCCGGACUGUAGAUCUUACUCAACAUCAGAGCAUUCAUACUGGAGAGAGACCUUAUGAAUGCAAUGAAUGUGGGAAGACCUUCACACUGAAGAAGUAUCUUGUUCAGCAUCAAAGAAUUCAUUCUGGCUAGGAACCUUGUGAGUGUAAUGUAUAUAGGAAGGCCUUUGGACUGACAACACUACUUUAUGUACAUCACAAUUCUUCCUGGAGAGAUUCUUCAUGAAUGUAAGGAGUGUGAGUAAGCCUUCCAUUACAACUCAGAUCUUAUUAGCUAUCAA